CCUCACAUAUGCGUGUCGUCACUUAUCCCAUACCUUAGAAUCCGACUUCGUGAUUCCUCUGCGUAACCCUUUUUUGUGUGGUAGCUUUGACACUUCUGGUUCUUCCAGGAGCUAGAGGUUCUCUUGUAUCGAAUCUGCGACCCAGUUCUUAGGGUGUUCUUAGUUCUUAGACGUCUCGCAGACCCGCAGUGGCAUAAUGGAGAUCGAUCCCCAGCCUUCAAGCGCCGAAAAAUCCGCCGCGAAUGCCGCUGCGGCCGAAGGUUCGUCGCCCGCUGCUGACGGCGAGCAGCACCGACGUGGCAUUCCCGUGGCGCAGUUCGUCGCUGACGUGGAGGCGUUUCUGGCGGGAAGAGAAGCGCCACCUGUCAUCCAAUCACUGGAGGAGAGGAUGCAGCAGUACAAGCUUCUGGAGAUUAAGCUACUCACGCAGAAGAGAGAUUUGCAGUCGAAGCUUCCAGAUAUCAAGAAGAGCCAAGAGAUCGUGCAAACACUUGUGACGAAGAGAGAGGAGAAAAAGGAAGUGCGUCUGGACUACGUGUUGGCCGAUGGGGUGUUUGCUCGCGCGGAUGUGAAGGAUGCUGACUCCGUGUGUCUGUGGCUGGGGGCCAAUGUGAUGGUGGAAUACUCCUUUGAUGAGGCUCUGGCUCUGUUGAAGCGCAACGAGGAGAAUGCCACAAGCAGCCUUGCAAACAUCGAUGGCGAUCUGCUGUUUGUGCGAGAUCAAAUCAACAUUACCGAGGUGACUGUAGCGAGGGUGCACAACUGGGACGUCCAACGCAGAAGACUGGCUGGAGCUAGCAGCAGCAGUGGCGGUGCCCUGAGGGAGGGGAUUGCUGCCUGAAUAGGCUGCACUAGUGCGUAGAAGUGGCACAUGCGCUACCAGUAUCUGUGAGGUCAUCAGUGCACAACUGGGACGUCCAGCGUAGAAGAGUCGCAGGAGCUGGCAGCAGCAGCAGCAGCAGCAGUGCCCUGAGGGAGGGGAUUGCUGCCUGAGUGCCUGCAUUUGUGCAUCGAGAUUAUUGGAAAUGAAUUGUUGCUGGGGUGCUAGCUGUGCCACUAGAAAGGGUGACAGGGGGAGCUGGCAGCAGCAGCAGUAGCAGUAUCAGAACCUAUUGAGCAAGGGGGUUGUUGCUAGAAUGUCUGCUGCUCAGUUUUCUUCAGUAAUUAUCCCUGUGUGAAAGGGCUGGAUUUGUUUAGGUUAAUUGUAGAGAGUGCAAUACCGAGAUCUGAGUCUGGUAGUGGGCCAUGGUUAUUGAAUAUUUAAUUAAUUUGCAUAGCUGAG